AUGGCUGGGCUACCUCCUUCAGAUAUAAUAUCUGAGGAUAUGCGAGUCAUCGCCGUCCCUUCCGAAUCGAAACUCCGCUUAUUGAAUGCAAUGGAGGGUUUACCCUCUCCCUACACGCAAUUGGGGCCUCACUGUAUUGCGUCACACAACGCAGUUUUGUCCCAGCUACCCCCAAGUCUAAUAGCGGAUAUCCGGGACUUUCACUCGAACAGUCUCGCUCCAGGAGCUCUAUUGAUAACUGGGUUACCCUUGGAUCCUGACUUGCCUUUGACCCCAGCGAACGGGGAGCGAAGUACGGAAAAGUCGUCACUCGUGAGUGAAGGGUGUCUUACAGGAAUUGCGAAGCUUCUUGGGGAGCCGUUUUCUUACGCGAGCGAGAAAAACGGGGAUCCGAUUCAUAACGUCUGCCCUGUUCGGCAUCGCGAGACCGUACAGAGCAACGAAUCUAGCAAGGUCACUUUGGGCUUGCAUGUUGAGAAUGCGUACUUCGAUAAGCGACCUGACUACUUGGCUCUGUUUUGUUUGCGCCAAGAUCACGAGAAUAAUGCGCGCACAUCUUUCGUCGAUGCAAGGUCUGCCUUGUCAAAAAUGGAUUCUAUGGACAGAGCAGAGCUGCAAAAGCCGGUCUUCAUCGUGCCUUCUCCACAAUCUCAUCACGAGGCCACGGGCGGCGAGAAAUGGUCCACACCACGGCCCUUGUUUGAGAACCUUGAUGACCCGAAGCUUAUGUGUCAUUUUCCGGGGAUGAAGGCGACAACUCCAAAAUCUCAAGAGGCGCUCGACAAGUUCGAGGAGACAGCUCAGGAUAUUGCUACACACAUCACUCUACAACCAGGCAGUAUUCUCUUGCUCAACAACCAAAAAGUUGCUCAUGGUCGCAGCCAUUUUGAACCGCGCUAUGAUGGCCUAGACUAG